CCCACUCCUCCUCGCUGCAGCUUCUUCUGCAUCCUCCCUUCAUUCUUUCGACUCCGCUACCGCCAGGGUUCCUUAGGUACUUUACGGACGGACUGAUAGAUCACAGUGGCGAAGAAAAAACACUUUGAUCAACUUUACACUUAGUGGAAUUAAACACAAAAAACGUUGCUUUUGUGGUUGAAUGCUGCGAUCACAGACACGACGCGAUUGGAAUGAGAAAACGCGCAAAAAAGUUUCAAGACGACUAAUUGAGGAUGCACUUGUUAUUGUUUCCAAAAAUAGGCCUGCUGGUUUGUUUCCACAGCUAUAUAUCAGCCUUUACACUGGAAACUAGAAAACUGACAUAUGAUGAGUCCUACUAUGAGUAUGUGCCUGAUCGCCUGCGGUGGAACGAUGCAGGGAAACUGUGUAACCAGCGCUCUGGAGCCUUAGCCACUGUCUCCAACCCAGUGGAGAAGCAAGAGCUAACCAGCUUUUUAACAUCUUUAAACAUCACUCAGCCUGUGUGGAUUGCCAGGAAUGUCACGACAAGUUCCUCUGAGACCCUGAUUCUGGAGUUCACCGGGCGCUCAGACAGAAAGCAUGCCCGUCUCCUGCACAAGUUCCCCUCCAUGGACUCCGUGACGGUUUGCACCCGGCUCCGCUUCGAUCCAAAUUGCUUCGGAAUUUCCACCAUCUUUUCUUACUCCAUCCAGUCAUAUAUUAAUGAGUUCCAGCUCCGCGUGAAUCUGAUCCAGGGAAAACGUGUGCAGCUGGCUGUGCUGGUCCAUGGCAUUCAUGGACGUUACCAAGAAGCCUUCGACCACGACGACUCCUGGCGUUCGGUGUGCAUUUCUUGGAACCAGAAUGGUGGACGCUGGGCACUAUUUACUGACGGCCUUGUGGUCUCUAGGGGUGAUGGCCUAGGUUCUAAGAGCAUUGGCCCUGAUGGCGUUUUCAUCAUUGGACAAGAGCAGGACACUUUUGGGGGUUCUUUUAAGAAGGAUGAGUCAUUCUCAGGGAGCAUCACAGAGCUGCACAUAUGGGACCGGGUACUGAACAGCAGCGAAAUCUACACCAUGGAAAAGGAGUGUUCACCAGUUUCCUCAGGGCUGGUGUUCAAGUGGAGUGGAGCAGCCAUGGAAAUGGAGUCCUCCCUUACGAAGCUAUGGAGAGACAUCCCAUGUCAAGGAAAAUUCACUGCGUUAAAUUUGUUCUUGGAUUCCCUCGUGGAUGGAAAUUCUUUGCAGAAUCAAACAUUCUCCUUUGAGUUGUUCAAUGGCCCUGAGUCUGAUGAGGAUUGUGACAUCUUUGACCCUGUUAUUGGGAGCAGGAGUCUAACCAAGUGUGUCUCAUUCAGUGGGGCUGUUUGCCAGUUUAAGAAAGAAGCGCUGGAUGAUGUCCAUUUACCAAAGACACCAUUCUUCAGUAGAUUGAGCAAGAAUCAUCUGACCAAACCUAUGAUGGUGGAGCUAAGCGUUAAUGCCUCCGGGGACAGAUAUCUGGCCUUGCUGCAGCAGCUGACCCAGGCUGUUCUGCAUAUGGUGGAGGUUGGUGGCCCUGACCUCCUCACCUCCAGUGACGUUCUCUACCUCACCCAAAUGAUUGAGACGAACCUGACUGCACUGGCUAGUUCACUCUCUGCUGGAACUGGCGCAGCAGAAGUCAUGGUGUCCAUUGCUACCAACUACGUAAAGGCGGCAAGUUUGAUGCUGGAGCCCGACAUGGCUACACAGUGGAUGGGCCUGACAGAGGAUGGGGUCAGCGUGGGACCAUUUACUAUUGUCCAGAGCAUUGACUGUCUUGCUGAAACUCUUGCAGACAUGCUAUCUGCUGAGAGAAAAGGCUUUACUCUUUCUACCAAGAACAUAGAUGUGUACAUGAAGUGGCAAAAGCUGUCUCAAGUGAGCUGUAGUCAAGUCUUCAAGCCAUCUGCAGUCAGCUCUCACAGCCCGAGCAGCAGUGGUCAGGAUGAGUUGCUUAUACCUGACACUGAGCUACAGAGAAUACACACACUGGGAUACGAGGAAGUGAUGUUUAUUCAUACCCACUACAGCCAUCUGAGUGAGAUAGUGUCUGGAGCACAGGAGCCUCCACUCAGUCACCAAGAGAAAGUGAAAAGAAUUCUCCCAGGUCACCUGGCUUCUGUUGUCAUAUCAGCCACCGUCCGUGAUGCCUCCAAGGCCCAAACCCUCCCUGUGGCUGUUUGUCAAGUGGAGUAUUCUCAGCAAGUUACUGCUGUUUGUGCCUUUUGGAAUUUCAGCUUGAUGCAUAAUCAUACCAGCAGCUGGUCCAGUGAUGGUUGCAGGGUGACCUUGACCGGCUCUGGUGUCACUUCCUGUCUAUGUAACCACACCACCAACUUUGCAGUGCUGAUGAAUUACCUGGAGUUGAAGUGGAGUCCUGAGGAGGAGCUUAUUUUGACCAAGCUGACGUUCAUCGGCUCUGGUGCGUCUCUGUGUGCGCUGGUGGUUACCUUGAUGCUGUUCACUGUGCUAGACAUCCCCAAAUCUGACAGGACGUCCAUCCAUAAGAACUUGUUCAUUGCUCUGAUCUGCGCCCAGGUGAUUCUGCUCUGCAGCGGCUCAGCCAUUCACAACAAGGUGGCGUGUACACUUGUGGCGGCACUGCUCCAUCUCUUCUUCAUGGCAGCAUUUAGCUGGAUGCUGGUGGAGGGUCUGCUGCUCUGGAGCAAGGUGGUUGCAGUCAACCUAAGCGAGGAGCGUCACAUGAAGUAUUACUAUCUCAUCGGCUGGGGUCUGCCGGUAUUGAUCGUCACCAUCACGCUGGCAUCAGCCUCAGGCAAAUACUCGGCCGACGGCUACUGUUGGCUCAGCGUCCAGAAUGGUGUUAUCUGGGGCUUUGCUGGGCCCGUCAUCUUCAUCAUCAUGGUGAAUAUCUUUGUACUGACCAGGGUGGUAGUCAUCACCAUCUCCACAGCCAAGAGAAGGUCCAUCAUGUUGGCCAUGGGAACCAGUCCUGUGGAACAAACCUAUGAGCAAAUCAGGGCGGCAGUGAAAGCAGUGUUGGUGUUGCUGCCCAUCCUCGGAUUGACAUGGCUAUGUGGUGUCUUGGUGCCUUUCUCCAUUGUCAUGGCCUACAUCUUCAUCCUUCUCAACUCCCUCCAGGGCCUGUUCAUCUUCCUGAUAUAUGGGGUGUACAACACAGAGGUUCGGAGUACAGUCAACAGGAUCAAGGAGAGGAGAAAAGCCCUUAAUUUUUCAAACUGCGCCAGUUCCCGACCAUCCAGCUCAGUUACCAGCUCUCGUCCUGUCAGUUUCCCAUUAGGAACUAACCAAAGCCAAGAGGAGGAGGUCACCUACACUUGCAACCCUCCCGGCCUGGGGAAGGAGGAAGAGAGGACCAUAGGUCAGCUGUCCAUUCCUUGUGUUCCAGAGAGACUUGAAAAUCCCUUGAGCCAAACCUCCAAAGACACUGGUCUGCAUAGAAAGGAGCCUUCUCCCUCAGAGGUGGAUGCCUUGCCGGCUGGUUGUAGUCUCCAUGUUCCCAUGGAGCUGGAGUUUACAGCUUCCUGUUUCCCUCGCAGCCCUGUACCUCAGAAAAGCUAUGACCUCAUCUACGUUGACUGACCUGGCUGGUGAUAGUGAUUGUAGUUUUGUAAUCAUUUUUUAAUCAGAGUUGGUGAAAUGUUUUCUCCGUGCUUUUUUUCUUUACUCUUUUCAUUUUCACUCACUUGUGAUCACUGUAGAGAUGCACGAGUGUUGCAUACCGGUUGUAAGUAUUUUUUAGUGAUCUAAGACUCAUUCUGCCUUUAACAUUGCCUUUAUUUUAAGAUGUGGCCACAUAGUUUUCACUAAAAGUUUAUUAUUUUUCUGCAUUUAUAUGUUUGUAUGUUUUCAUGGUUUAUUCUCUUGCUGUACAUUUGCUUGUGAAAGCAUACCUGUAUAUUGUCCAGUAAAGUGGGCACUGUGUUACAUCAACUAAGUAAUGGGGCAUGUUUGUGAUCCAUUAGUGUGAGAUUUGAGCUGAGACUUUUAUCACAUGCCAUCCACCUUUUCUCCCCCCUGGUUCCAUGUCACUACUGUUAAACUAUCAUAUAGGCCAAAAUGACAUAAAAAAAUAAGAUGGACAUUUGAGUAAUAUUGUACACUAUCUCAUUUGAUUUCUCAUCUGAUCUCAUUCCUACAUGUUGAUUUACUAAAAUGUUAUUCAAAGGGAUGUUGGAAUAGCUGUUAAUUUCUCCCACAAAAACACAUGUAAUGGAACUGGACAGUGUGUGCAGGAAGCAAGAAUCUGGUGUUAUAAGCAUAAUAAUUAUUUAUUGAAAUAUGAGGAAAAAUUCAGUUGGCCUCAGAGAGACAUCCCCAAGACCGGGGUAGCGAUAGGAGCAGUCAGAAUGUCAGCAGGAGGGGCAAAAGUCAUAGACCAAGUAGGAGGGAAAUAGCAUUUUGAUCCAUCCUGUAGCCAUGUGUUGACAGUGUACAUGAGCAUGUGAAUGCACAAAGGUAGUCAUUGUUAAAGCAUUUAUCCUGCACACAAGUCUGUCUAGACAGUUACUCUUAAGCAACGGAUUGGUUUGUUGGAAAGCAAACGGCUGAAUUUCAGACCAUUUCCUUUAACUUCUGACAGCUGAAGUGACAGAAAACGGUUUCUCCAAACUCUUACUUCUGCAGUGACUGCAUUAAUGUGCAUGACUGUAUUUCCUGCAUGUGGUACUGUAUAGAGUUCACCUGUAUGUUAUAUAGGAAGUCCAAGGCAGCUGCAGAAACCGCAACAACACAGAAUUUGUGGAAGUGGGUGAUAAUAGAUUGUCUGAUCAAUAGACACAAUUAAUGAAGGUGUCAGAAAAUUGAGUUCUGGACCAGGAACUGCUUAAAGAUGUGGGAUUUUAAGUGAAUUUUCUGUACAAUAAACAUGCCA